AUGCGUCCUGUUUUUGCUCUCCUUCCGUUGCUGAUUGUCGGCUGCAAGUCAGCUUUGCUGAACAGUCGAGAGAAUCCCUCGCUCGGUCAUCAUGUCUCUCCUAGCCGUGGAUCUGAUGAUGCUCGUGACUACAUGAAACGCUCCCCGCUCAUCGAUCCUGAGCCAAGUCUGGAUAUCCCAAAGCCUCGACGUCUAGCCAAUGCUACUCGGGCUGACAUCCAGAAGGCGCGGGACCUGGCUCUCAAGCCGGGUACAAGGUCUUCCUUGAGGCUUCGCAGCGAGGAUGUGGCCCCUCUCUUUAACGUCACCGCCGAUAUUGCCACUGCAGCUGCCCUUAUUGCUGAGGCCGAUGCCUAUGAGGAGGCGACCAACAUCACCCUUGGUCGUCGCGGGGCGGCGGACCACACCGCGCUACAGACUCGUGCAAGUAGCUACUGGCUUGCCAACAAGCAGCACAAGGGCAGCUGGCCCUUUGGCAACAACGACAAGGACUUUGCUGUAUUUCGUAACGUCGCCGACUACGGCGCCGCAGGUAACGGUAUUACGGACGACACUGAGGCCAUUCGCAGAGCUGUUUCUGCUGGCAAGAUGUGCGGGCCUGGGUGUUACAGUUCGACUACAAAGGGCGCCAUCAUAUAUUUCCAGCCUGGCGUGUACUUGGUCAGUGGCACGAUCGAGACGUAUUACGGAACUCAAUUCAUCGGCGACCCUACCGACCGCCCCGUGAUUAAAGCGGCCAGGUCCUUCGUUGGCCUCGGCGUCAUCUCCACCGAUAAAUAUGUCGACAAUGGAGGAUCUGGCUCAGACGGCAAUGCCAAGGAGUGGUUCAUCAACACGGGCAACUUCUAUCGGCAGAUCCGCAACUUCGUCAUUGACAUCCGCGACACGGAUCCUGGUGCCCAUGUCUGCGCUCUGCACUACCAGGUUGCUCAAGCGACCAGCGUGCAGUUUGUCGAGUUCAGGGCCAAGACGGGGACAACACAACAGGCAAUCUUCGCAGAGAAUGGUGGCGGCGGACAUAUGAGCGAUCUAGUAUUCACGGGCGGCAACUUUGGAAUCUCCGUGCAGCUGAUCUGGGACUGGGGCUGGGCGUGGAAAAGCAUCUACGUCAAGAACGCCGACGUCGGAUUCAAGCUACUCUCCGAGGAUGGGGUCCACAACACAGGCUCCAUCCUCGUAGUCGAUUCUGUCUUUGAAAACGUCAAGAAGGCCAUUCUCACAUUCCCGGCCAAAGGUGAGAAGGGAGACGGCACAACGGGCCUCACGCUAGACAACAUCAAAUUCAUAAACACUGAUAUGGGUGUCGUCGAUAACGCGGGCACGUCUUACCUGGAUACCAAGGACAACAUCGACACGUUCGUCCUUGGUCGCAUCUACGUGGACCAGAACAAGGACGAGGCACUUCACACCACCUUCAAAACCCGUAGGGAUGAGUCACUUGUUGGCAAUAACCCAAACGACUUGCCCAAGCGCCCAUUCUACGAGAGAGCCAAGCCGCAAUACGAGACGACAUCGUCUUCGGCUGUUCGCAACAUCAAGUCGAACUGUGCAGGAGACGGCAAGACCGAUGACACAAAAUGCAUCCAGGACGCGUUGAAUCGCGCGUCCUCGUCAGAUAUCGUCUAUUUCGACGCCGGUUCAUACAUGAUUAGCGAUACCAUCAAUAUCCCGAGCGGUCUCCGGAUCGUAGGAGAGAACUGGGCACAGCUCGUUGCCUUUGGCAAAAGUUUUGAAGAUGCGAAACACCCUCGCCCUCUGGUCAGAAUUGGUGAUAAGGGGCAGCGUGGCAAUGUCGAGAUGCAGGACCUCAUCUUCACCUCCAGGGGUCCCACGGCUGGUGUGGUGUUUGUCGAGUGGAAUCUCAAGAGUGAAGGACCGGCAUCGGCCGGCAUGUGGGACUGCCACAUUCGAGUCGGAGGUGCUGUUGGCACCGAACUCACAGUGAAGGAAUGCCCCGCUGGAAGCAUCAACGACAAGUGCCGCGCCGGAAGCGCGCUCAUGCACAUCACGCCCAGCGGCUCGGGCUACUUUGAGAAUGUUUGGCUCUGGGUGGCAGAUCACGAUAUUGACGACCCCAAUUGGGACGAUGACAACAACUUCAUGGCAAUGUUUGUUGCCCGGGGCCUCCUCGUCGAGAGCACUCAUCCCACCUGGCUCUAUGGUACCGCAUCGGAGCAUGCGACCUUCUAUCAGUACGAGUUCUACAACGCUCAGCUAGUUCACGCCUCUAUGAUCCAGACGGAGUCACCAUACUACCAGCCCCUGCCCAGUCCGCUGGAACCCAUGAAAGAUGCCGUCGGAGCCAUGCCUGGCGACCCUGCCUACAAGUGCAGCGACGGCGAGACCUCUUCCGUUGCUUCCGUGUCCCAAGCUGCGAAUUACUCACAGUCCUUGAUCGAGCUGCGCGAGAACCACGGUGGUGUCAGAAUCCAUAACCUCGUCACCAUAGGCGCAGUCAACAUGAUCGAGGCGGACGGAACAUUGAUCAAGGCGGCCGAUAACCAGGCGGUUGACUUUCAUCCGCGCUGGAGUCAGAUCGCCGUCUUUGACCCCCGACAGUUUACCAACCCUUGCACCGGCGAGCCGGAGCAGACCAACCCGACGCUCAGAGACGGCAAGCUGGAUAUCGCCGUCCCAGAGGAAGGACAGAGGACAUACUUGACCCUGGUCAACGGGACCCCGCACAAGUUCAGGUUCUUGGGACAGAACAACUGGCAAAUGAGAAACUGGGAUAAGCAGUGGAUCGACAUCCCAGCAGGUGCCGGCAUCAGCGACGAGGACUCCGCCGGCGAGGCAUGCUACCAGCUCGAAGGCACCACAAGGACGUUUUACGUCUCCACGGACUACGCCGAAGGGAUGAAGCCCCCACUGCGCACACGCAUCGUCUACCACUCCCUCCCCACGAUGGACUUUGGCCCCAGUGGCACCCUCGACCUCGGCAUGCCCACCAAGUACGACGGCGUGGCUCAGUCGUGGGUCCUGACGGGCAGCGACAAUUACGGGUUCAUCGGAAGCAGGGCCCCGCCCGGGGCAGGGAUGGCCUCGAUCCGCGACAUCAUCGGUGAGCGAAAGCUCAAGUAUGUGUGCAUGCCGGGCAGCCACGACGCCGGCAUGAGCACCAUCGACGGCCACACCAGCCUCGCGGACUGGGCCAACACGCAGACGCAGUGGCUCGACAUCUACGGCCAGCUGGUGCGUGGGUCGAGAUGGCUUGACAUAAGGCCUUGCCUGGGAAACGGCGGGAAACACAUGCUGUGCCACUAUACCGUCAAGAAGGAUUCUGCGUACGGUGCGAACGGCCUCGAGGUUGGAGAGGCGAUCAAACAGAUCAACAGGUUCAUGACUGACCAUCCUGGCGAGCUCGUCAUCCUCGACGUCAACGACGAGACCGCCUUCGACACCGACCACCGUGAGCUGGAGAGGUACAAACGCCUGACCGAGGAGCAGUGGAGGCCCAUCUGGGCCGAGUUCCGUGACUCCAUCUCCAAGCCCUGCAGGGGAUUCGGCGACUCCAACCUCGCCGAGCGCACGAUCAACGAAUACAUCGGCGACGGCCAGGGGUGCGUGCUGACCGUCGUGCGGACCAACCCCGCGCCCGAGCCCGACUCGGACAAGGGGUUCUACCUGGUGGGCCAGCUGGAGCGGUACAACCAGUACUCCGACACGGACGACUACAACAGGAUGCGGAGCGACCAGAUCUCCAGGCUCAAGGCGAACCGCCGGCUGGGCCGCGAGGGCGACGCCGAGACCCAGGACGGCAUGCACGUCUUGUCGUGGACCAUGACGCUCUCCUUCCGCGACGCCAUCACCUCGUUGGCAACGCGCGCGUCCGCCGUCGUGGGCUCUCUGUUCUGGGACGUCUAUCACCAGUUCACGCCCUUCUCCUACCCCAACGUCUUGUACGUCGACUUUAUCGGAGCGCCGUGGGAGCUGGAGCACGGGCUCACCCAGGAGGAGUACAUGGAGCAGACGGACAGCCACAUUGCGGCCCUGGCCAUGGCGGUCAACUUGCAGAUUGCGAGCCAGAACUGUUAUGUCGGCGGGGGAAAGCUUAAGGGCAGGGGCUUGGGUGCGUCCAACGCGACUUCGUGCCUCUGGGAGGAUGCCGCUGCACACUAA